AACUAAAAUGCUUGUUCCCCAAGGAAAAAUGGUGAGCACGAGAGGGUCGGCAAAGGGUGCGAUACCAGGGAUCGAGGGGGGCUACAGACAGUGGCAAGGACACAGGAAUAGGUCGGCAGGCUAUGUUUCGCAGUUCUCCGGCUGGACAACGACUUUCUUUUUCUACAACUUCCCGGAAGAGCUGGAGGCAAAAUUUCUAUGGAACAGCUUUAGGAUGUAUGGAAAGGCUGUAGAUGUGUAUAUCCCGAGCAAAAGAGAUAAACGAGGGAAGAGGUUUGGGUUUGUGCGGAUGGCAGGGGUAAAGAAUGAGAUCCAAAUGGAGAGGCAGCUAAACAUGAUGUGGAUUGGCUCAUACAAACUGAAAGUGAAGAUUGCAGAUGAUAGGGGAAAAAAACCAGCAGAGUCCAGGAAGAUACAAGGAGCAGUAAAGGACAAUGGAUCAUUGAGCAAAAUGAAUAGGUUAGUCCAACCAGGGAAAUCAUAUGCUCAAGUAGUGAAGGGCAAGGGAAAGUGGGUUGAGAAGGUACAAAUUCAACCUCAGGACAAGGACGAAGAAGAUACUGCGGAGAAGGAAGAUAUUCAAAAAAGGGUAGUAGAGAAUACGGUAGUGGUACAUUUGCCUACGGGUGAAGAGUUGCAAUGGCUAGAGGGCGGCAUGGUGGCAGUGGUGAGAUCGCUGGGUUUGAUAUCAGAGAUUCAGGAACGUAUUGGUGCAGAUGGAGGCUUAAUAUCGUUAACACCAAUAGGGGGAAGAAGGGUGUUAUUAUCUGAAAGAGUAGUAGGAUAUUUAUCUGAAAGAGUAGUAGGAUAUUUAUCUGAGUACAUGAAGAUUAAUGAAGAAUUGUUCGACCUGUGGUUUGAAGCAAUAAACCCAUGGGAGGCGGCACCGGAGGAGACGAGCCGGAUGGUUUGGCUGCGGAUAUUGGGAGUGCCUCUAAAGGCAUGGAGUGAGAGGUGCUUUCAGAAGAUAGGAGAGACAGUCGGAGAAGUCCAAAUGAUCCAUGAGGACACAAAGAAUAAAUCAAUUCUUUGGGAUGGAAGAGUAUUGAUCUUGUGCACAGAGGCCAGGAGAAUUGCAAAAAGAAUCAAUUUGAAGGUAGGAGAACAGAUGUAUGAAAUAGAGAUUGCAGAGGAGGAGUGGCGGUCGGAUCCGGACUGGUGGUUGACGGAGAACGACCGGAAUAAUGACCAGAAAACAGAGUCCGAUGAUAUCUCCGAUGAGUGGAGUCAGAAUGAAGAGCAGGAAAUGGGUGUGGACGUCAUCUGUGACGACGAUGAUGUGAGUUCGGAUUCAGUGCAUUUAAUGAAAGAUAUGGGUUUAAUUUCAAAUUUGAAGAAGGCAACGGGAAAAGAAAGAUGGGGAAAAAAUGAAACAGAGAGGGAGAUUGGAGGGGACGAAGGAGAUGGGCGGGCAAAGGAACACGGCCUUCAAAGGCAUCAAUAUCGCAGAACCCAGAAAAUAGACCAUCAACGAACAAAAAGCAGCGUCUUCUCCAAAUGUGCUACCCAGAAAGCAUGGAGGAGAUCUGGGCGAAGGGGACUGCGCUGGUGACACCCAGAUCAAGACAGAGACAGAUUCGAAGGGCGGAUG